CGUGGUACAUACGUCAGACACUGCGCAGCACAUUAUUAAUGUUUGUUAUUGUUUUUCUCGAGUCCUAUUUCCAGUUUGUUCACCCGUCUUUCUGCAUAUUGAGAGAGUAGGAUACUGUGUCAACUGUUUAAGCUGUUGCUGAAAGAUUGUCUUUACAGGUAUUGAUCGGAGGUUUGCUUUGUCUCACAUUAGACAAAGAGAGAAAAUAGGAAAGUUAGACAGUGAUACAAGCACACAAAGGAAACUUGAAUAUCAACAGAAAAAGACUCUGCUUUAUUGUGAUUUGAAAGUCACAUAGAAAUAGUUCAGUAAACUUACAAUACAUUAUAAACAACUUGUAAUUGCUAAAUUCUGCACUCAAAAAUUGACUUAGCAUAGAUGAGAAUUACUGUUGAUUGCUGCAUAAAGUUAUUGGUUAUUGGUAAUAACAUCCUUUGUCUGAGUUAACAGAGGCUUGAUUCUACAGAAACCAAACAUAUGUUAGAUAAUAAACAUUAGAUAGAAAGAGCGUGAGUUAUUCAACUGUCAGUGUACCGUGAUAAUACUUUGAUUUUUUUAACACUUCAUAAGAGAACAGGUUUAGUACUGGGGCAAACAAGUUUUGUUGUAGUGUUUCAGAAAGACAGGUGGAAUAUAUGAUGGUUAUUUGUUUACAGAGUUAUAUGAGCAUCUAUAAACAAAUUAUUGCAACAUUCUGCUAUAAAACAUUUUUAAAACCAAUAGGCUUUGUGUUGAUAUAAAAUCAGAAAGAACUUGUUUAUGUAAUUGUGAAACAAGAAAUAAAACAUUUGAAAAGAGGAAGUGAAAUGAUUGUUUAACACAAGUGAAAGAAUCAGAUAUCAUAAUAUAUAUGAAUUGCUUAAAAUAGUACCAGUGAACAAGGAAGAAAAUAACAAUGUUGCUAUAGCAGGAAAUAAAAUACAUUUCUAUCUUCAUGAUAAUGUCUUUUGUUAAAGUUUGUGGUCAUGCCUUUUUUGUGAUUUAAGAUAUGCUCUUGGAUUGAAUUAAAUUCAAGAGCUCACUGCCAAAAUUACGAAAAUAGGUGAAAGGAUUUUAUCGUUUUUGACAAAAUUUUGUGAUAGAGGGCUCCUGCAGGAAGAACGUGUGGAAAGAGUGAAGAUGGUGAAAACAUUUCAAGCUUACUUGCCCACAAAGUGUCACAGGCUCUAUAGCUGUGUACAUUGCAGAGCACACCUGGCUAAUCAUGAUGAACUUAUUUCCAAGUCAUUUCAAGGAAGUCAGGGAAGAGCAUACCUGUUCAACUCAGUUGUAAACAUUGGGUGUGGCCCUGCAGAGGAGAGGGUGUUGUUGACAGGAUUGCAUGCUGUGGCAGAUAUAUUCUGUGAAUGCUGCAAAACCACACUUGGAUGGAAAUAUGAACAUGCAUUUGAGUCUAGUCAGAAAUACAAGGAGGGGAAAUUUAUCAUUGAGCUUGCCCACAUGAUAAAAGAUAAUGGGUGGGACUAGCACAGGAUGGAGGUGGAGUCAUCAUAAUAGUUAAGGAGGGAAUAACUGUUGGCACAAAUUCUUUAAUUUUAAAAACAUAUUUUUUUUUAUCUUCAGACAUUUUAGUGAUUUAAUUUUGACUGCAAAUAUAACUCUCAAGUACUCAUCUAUUUUCUGCCUUGUAGAAAUACCAGAAUAUUUAAAGAAUGUUCAAGAAGAAUGUUAUUGAACAGUAUACAAUGUUCCCUCCUUAAUGAUAUGGUUAAACGCACAGUAAAUGGAUCUCUUAAUUUACAUUCCCACUGUUAUCAGUGACUUGGUGUCUUUCAUCUGGUACUCUAUACAAGAGUACAGAACAGUCAUUUCUUUUUGAGGAUACAAAAUCAUAGCUGAAGUACAGAACACAGUUCCAAAUCUUAACAUUUUUAUGAGGAUAAAAGACAGAACACAAAGUCAUAAUUAUCUGUGUGUGUGAAGAAAAUGAUAGAUAGAAAUAAUUUGUACAAUAUGCUACAAGAUAGUUCUAAACAUUCAUUUUACUUAAUUAUAAACAUGUUUUUUUCCAAUUCAGAAUUUGAAAUUAGUUGUAUAUAUAUAUAUACAUAAAAGGACAAAUAUGACAAAAAUAAUUUUGAAAGCAGAGAAAUAUAUAAAAUUUUGAAAUAGAAGUUGAAGUAUUUGGAAGAAGAAGAGGAUGAAGGAGCAUUUUGGAGGAGGUAUAUUCAACAUGUUUAUAUAAUGUGUUCAAACAUUUUAUUGAGAGGAGGAACAGAUUGCUGAAUGUAACUAGAUUGACAGGUUACAAUAUGUGGACAUCCUUGAAGACUAUAUGAUCAUAUAUAUGUAUAUGGUAUAAAUAUUGUUUGGUGUAUAAAAUAACAAUUGUCAUUUUGUUUCUUCAUUAUAUUGCAAGAGGCACAAUCAAGUGUAUUAACAGGUGAUGUAAACAUUAUAGAGAGAGUUUAUGAAGUAAGUCUUUAAAAAUGUAUAACACAUACCUUGAUUUAAUGUAGUCAUCAUGUUUUGAGCACUAGAGUGUGCACUCGAAAGUCAUUUAAGGUGUUGAAGAUGGUGUGUUAAUGAGGUAUUUUAUCCUAAUUGCUCUAUCAUAAAAUUAAACACAUUUUAAAAGAUUGUCAAAAACAUGUGAUUUUAAAAGAUUUGACGACAUAUAUGCUAGUUAUUUGAUAUCACAUGCUUGCAUUUCAUCUACAGAUAAUGCUAAAGGUUAAAAAUCUAAACUUCAAUGUGAACAUUUUGUUUGAUGAUAUUUAUAUAACAGGGUUUAGUGAUAAAACUAUAUGAUGACUGUACUAUUUAUAUAUACAUUAUAUAAACUAUAUAUGAUGUGUUUGACUAGCUGUACCAGUAUUUUGUAUAUUCUGUUAACAUGGUCAUUAUAGUUACCACCUUUCAUUAUGUAUGCUGAGAAGUUUUUUUGACUGAGAAGUAAAAUGUCUUUGUCUUGAAUCAGGCUGUCUUAUAAAAUAUUGAAGUAAUUGUCAUUGAGACAUAAUUAUGGCUGCUUGAUUCCUCUUUGCUUUUUUUUUGUCCAAUUAAAACUCAGGAACUUUUAAAAACUAUAAAUUGUGAUAGAGUUAAUACUAAAAUAGGAUGGAGUCCUUUUAUGAAUUUUUUUACAGAGUUAAUUUUUGAGAAAUGUUCUCAGUAUGAUAUUGUGCUAAAACUAAUUCUGUUUUCUACAAUUAUUAUCUUUGUGUUUUUUGUUGUGUGCUUUGUGUGCAAAAUGUAUAUUAUAAUAAUUGUAGUAUUUUUAGGGAUGUUUGAUAUGAUUAAAUGAAUAGUCUUUUUGUGAGAAGUUUGUCUACACUAUACUAAAAAGAGUAAAUUGUUUUUUCAUGUCAACAAAUAAGAGGUUGAAUGUCUCUUUUUUCCAUAUGUUAUUCACUAUUGAGCACACAUAAAGAUAGUCUGUAGAUAGUGACACUUGGUGAUUUAUGUUUUAUUGAUUGAUUUUUAUAAACAAUCUUGUUUGUUGGACAAACUUACAUAAUAUAUAUUGAUAAUUUCACCACUGAUUCAUUAUAUAUUACUCUGACUGGAAGAUACCUAUAAAUAUUGAAAUAGUUUAUUGUAAAUCAAAAA